AUGAGUGGCACGUUGAUGAAUGUUUCGGCAUCAACAAGCGGAACAGCAACUCCACGAUCCAGGAUAGAUGCCCUCUCACGUGAUGAUCUGCUGCGUUUUGUCAAAAAGCAAAUCGAGAAAUUCAAAGCGGCAAAAAGCGAAAACGAUGAACUCAAAAAUCAGCUGGAAGAAUUGCGAAAAAACUAUGCUGAAUCCCAGGAAAAUUUGCAUGCCGAACGGGAAAUCAACAACAAAAAAGCAGAGGAACUCGAAAACAUCAGAAAAGAAUCCCAGGAAAAUUUGUAUGCCGAACGGGAAAUCAACAACAAAAAAACAGAGGAACUCGAAAACAUCAAAAAAGAAUGUGAUAACUUGAAAGUGCAAUGCUCAAAUCUAACUCAACAGUUAGAGGAGUCAGGAGUGCGACUAGAAUUGGCUAAAAACGGCGAUAAGAAAAGCAGUUCCGCCACAAAGUCGAGUAUUAUUGCGGAAACCGAUGUACGCCAGUUACAAGUAGAGCUCGCUUCAGUUAAGGAUUUGCUUCGAGAACAAAUGGAAAAAUAUGAUAAGCAAUUAGAGGAAAAUGAAAGAUUGAGCAGCGAAACGGCUGAAUUGCGUUCUCUGCUGGAUGAUGCCACGUUGCAACUCGAAUCGCUCAAAGAGUUGCGAUUGCGUGCAGUUGUGUUGCUGCUGGGCAAAGGAUCGAUACUUGUUGGUGGGAAAAAUCAACGAAAUUCAGAGAAGCAACUGAAUAACUGA